UGUCCGCCCAGCAAUGAUGCCAAUUCGUGGUUCUUCGCUGGUGUGCAGGCGUUGAAGGACGAGCAACUGGCCAAGUUCAUGAUGAUUUGUUGGGGUAUAUGGCUGAGUAGGAACGAAUAUGUAUGGAAGGGCGCUGCCUUUGACAUGGAUCAAGCUGAACACCGAUGCAGCUUUCCGUGGUAAUGGGGUGGGAUGUGGCUGGGUGCUACGCGAUGAUGAUGGCAGGUUCCUGGCUGCGAAAAACAUGUGUUUCGCUGGGAGCUACUCUGUGAAUGAGGGUGAGGCUUUAAGUGUACGUGAGGCGCUCAACUGGCUGAUGGGUAUAGGGAUGGGCAAUGUAGAAGUAGAAGUAGAUUCUCAAAUUGUGUUUAAUGCUGUACGUUCUGUUCCUUUUGUUUCUGCAUUUGGUUUAUUAGUUGGUGACAUUAAAGAGUUAGCAGCCACAGUAGGUGGUGUUGAAUUCUCUUUUGUAAGACAGUCUGCGAAUUGUGCCGCCCACGCUAUUGCACGGGAGGCCUUUUCUGAGCCAGGUCGUGGAGAGUGGUUUGAUAUACCACCUCCUUUCCUUGUCAGUUGUCUGGAUUAUGAUUUAAUGAAUUAG